ACUGGCGACGGCAAGCAUGGCGGAACUCGCGGUGGAUGUCGAGGCUGAGCAGGCGGCCGAGGUGUGCCAGGCACUUGGCCGCCAUCUGAACUGUCUGAGCAGCGAGAGUAAAAGCUCAAGGCGCCGGGCGCUCGAGUGCAUCCGAGCCGAGGCGGCGGAGCGGCAGCUGCCGAGCGGAGUGCGGCAGCGGGUGCUGGCCACCCUGCUGCGGCCUUUGCUCAGCGCCCUAAGCGACCCGGCCGAGCGCUGCCGGGAGCUCAGCAUCUGCACCCUGGCCGAGCUGCUGCGCGCCGUGCCGCGGCCCCACGAAGCGCUGCCCUACCUGCUGCCGGCCAUCGUGCAGCGCCUGGGCCUGCCUGAAUUGGCCGAGCCGGCUGAGGAGCUGCGCUUGGCCCUGGUCGAGCUGUUGGUGUUUGUGGUCGAGCUCUGCGGCGCCCGGCUGGCUUCCUACCUGGACGACAUGGUCAAGAUCUUGCAGAGGACCAUCGUCGACCCUUUCCCCGAGGUCAAGAAGAAGAGCUGCGAGUGUGCAGCCAAGUAUGCGAAGUGGACCCCUGAAACUUUUCACAUGCAGUCUGAAUCUCUAAUAAAGCCGUUGAUGCAGACCAUCUCCCAUCAGCAUUCAAAGGUCCGCGUGUCCGUCAUUCGGACAACGGGAGCAGUCAUUCAGUACGGCAAUGGAAAGUCUGUUGAUGAUGUUCUCUCUCAUUUGGCACAGCGUCUCUUUGAUGAUGCACCACUGGUACGCCAAGCUGUGACAGAAGUGGUGGGAAGCUGGCUUUUGGACCUUCGGGAUCGCUACUCCUUCUUCCACAAGCUUAUCCCUCUUCUGCUAAGCAGCUGCAGUGAUGAGGUACCUCAAAUCAGGGAGUUGGCCUCUGAUUACUGGAGGAAAGUUGGACUCCAGUGGCAACAGGAGAAUGAGGAGGAUCUUAAGGACAAGCUUGACUGGUCAGCUGAACUCUCUAUUAACUACCCUGUUGGCGCGGAACGCCCUGGACUUGGGUGCCGGGAGUUGGUGUUCCGGAACUUGUUCAAGAUUCUGCCAGCCGUCAGCCGAGACAUUACUGACUGGGUCCCUGCAACCCGAGUUAAAGCAUCCCAGCUGCUGAUAGUGCUGCUGUUCCAUGCCGAGGAUCACAUCACGCAGCACAUGGAGCUGCUGCUUAGUACCCUGUAUCGGUCAUGUGCAGAUGAGGAGAAAGCUGUGGUUCAAAACUCGUUGAAAGCAGCAGAGCUGAUUGGAACCUUUGUGGAACCUGAGGUCUCUUUGAAGUUGAUUUUGACAGCUCUUGAGAAAUCUGCUUGUACUGCUCAUCUAAUGGUCUUGGGUGCAGUGAUAAGGGGCAGCUCAGCACAGGCACUGCAUCCACAUCUGAUCAAAAUCGGAGAAUCUCUGGCACUUCCUGAUACGUGUCAAGUUUCUGCAAAGGUAGAAUAUUUGGAACAACUGCUUCUGUGUGCACAGAUCCUAAUUACAGUAUGUGGGAAACAAUGCCGUGAAAUCAAUCUCCCACUUCUGAAAGUGCUGGUGACAGUCAUGUCUAUGACUUCUGAUGAAGAGCUGAAAAACAAGGCAAAGAAGACCAUAGCUUCACUUGCUGCAGCAGAGGACUUGGAUAGCUCUUUGGGCCUUUAUAGACUACAUAUAAAACAGCUGAUUGAAUGGGUGGCUAGUGCACAGCAUGAGUGGACUAAAUAUUCUGUGCAGCACCUGCAAUUUGAAACAAUUAUCACUCAGUCAGGUCCUGUGCUUGGAGAAUCACUUGAUAUAGUUUUUCCAGUUUUGAAAAGCUGCCUUCAACCCAGCAAAGAUCCUGAAGUGCGCCUCAAACUCUUCUCUGUUUUAUCAAAAUUGCUACUGAAAGCUAAUGAAACUCUAAAUUCUCAAGGGCAUUUCAGUAGCUACCUGGAGACGCUUGUAAGAGAUAUUUUGGUGCCUAAUCUGCUGUGGCACGCUGGGAGGACAGCAGCUGCAGUCCGCACAACUGCUGUAUCCUGUCUGUGGGCUCUGCUGCAUAGCAAGAUGAUUACACUGGAACAGGCCCUUGGAUUAUAUGAAGGCUUGAUGCCAAAAGUGAUUGCGGCCCUGGAUGAAGAUUCCAAAAUGAGUCGGCUGCUGGCUUGUCGUGCCAUUAGUGCCAUUUUAAAAGUUUGUGGGGAUCAGGUGGAUCCUGAGAAGCUCAACAAAUUGUAUCCAGAGCUGCUGAAACGGUUGGAUGAUUGUUUGGAUGAAGUACGUAUCGCAGCUGCCAAAGCUUUGAGUGUUUGGUUCCAAUGUUGUGGGAAUGAUUACGACAGAUCAUUUUUCAAGAGUCACAUUGAAUUCCUUUACCGUGCACUAUUGGUUCAUCUGGAUGAUCCAGAGAGUGAGAUCCAAAAAGUAUUUCUUGAUGUUCUAAAAGUGGGGAGCUUUCUUUCUCCUGCAUUGCUGACACAAGAGAUUGAGGCCGUGAAGCACAAACACCGCAGCUCUUAUUACUGUGAGCAGUUACUACAGCAUGUUCAGCAGGCCAGUGGCGACGCCAGCUGAGUGUGCAGGCCAAUGGCUCAGUACAAGGUGCUACACAGAUACCACAAGCGCAAUCACCCAGGAAAACAUGCACAGGGUAUUUAUACAACAUGGAUGAAAGGGACAAAACGUUGACAUAAAAUUUAAUGGUAGAUAGUUUUAUAUCAGAGCACCCAUGAUAGGAUUGUAUUGAUGGGCACCUGAAGUUACCUACCUAAAGUUAGCAUUGAGUUCUAAUCCUUCAAGAAACAGUCAUUCUGACAUUAAGUCAGCAGUGACCUCCUAAAUCACCUUCUGUGAUUUGAAAACAUUUGAGAGGAUACUUGUAGAAGAGAAAUGUGCUUUUUGCAUCAGUUCUGAUUUGGCACUAGGGCCCUGGGCAUUGAAGUGGUGGAAAAUAAUGUUCUGUAAAGAGCAGGGAAGGGUUUUGAUCUUGUUCCCUCGUGCACUCUUUUGCCUGAAGGUGUCAAGUGUUUCCAGCAUUUGCAGAGCUUUUUGCUGAUGCCUUUUCAUUUGGACGGUGUUUUCACAAAUUCUAAAUCAAAUCCUUUUUUUUCAUUUGUGCUGCGUUGACUCAGGCGGGAGAAAAGAAAUGUUAAUAUAUUUUGUCUUUUUGGUUUGUAGUAACUAUUAUUCCUCUGGAAGUAGUUAAAUCCUUUGAUUUUGUAUCUCUGGCCAGAAUGAUAUUUUCUAUUUUUCCUUAAUUUGUAUUUCUAUUCUUUGGUUAUAAAUUUACUGUCGGAUUUAUUCCUGCACGCUGUCUAUCAGUCCCUAAACUAUAGAAUACAUGUAUGGAUUUAUUUACUUUUAUUGUGAAUUUUGCUACAAUAUUGUUACCAAUUUGAUAAUUUAAUACUUUUGCAUUUGAGCAAUGCCUUAUAGAGCCCAAUGUUUAUUUUUGCACAGACUUUUAUAAGUUUUAAUUACAUUACUAACUCCUAUAUCUUUGUAGAACACAAAAAGUCUUCAUUGAAGAUUACUCUGGUGUUUUCACUGUACACUUGACAAUUAA